GAGAAUCGCCGGUUACUCCAUCAAUUUGAACUUGUUUUGCUACAAAUCUUUAGAAAUCAGGGUUGCCUACAGCUGGGGAUUCCAUAUAUGAGCUUUUUACGCUGUUUUUGGAGAUGGUUUUUGAAGAAUCGUAAGCAAUUGUGGUUGUCGGAGUACUCGUCACAGAGAUGCGCGCCGUAUCGAAAUCCGAUCAUCUAAGCACGAGGGUAUUUAAGUAAUUUUAUUGUUUACUUACCUCACAUUACCUAAUGAAUACCCAAACACAAAUUUUCAAUUUAUUACCUAACCUUACCUACCUUACUUUACCUACCUUCAAUUACCUACCAUUACCUACCUAAUAAAACUUUACCUCCCUCAAUCCAAACAUACCCUUAUGGUGUCUCGGGCAAAUUUGAAGAUCUUCCUUCUUGGAUUCUCAGCGAAAUGGUUAAUUUUUCCAAGGGUGAAAACGUUCCGGAUCCGUUCAUCACAUUUGAGGCUACUGGUUUUCCUCCAGAAAUACUUAGAGAUGUGCGAUAUCUGCUUCGGAGGAGGAGCACAUGUUAGACGCUGUUUUGCUAUGAAAUGCUCAUACACUUCCCCAACUAGUAUAUUGAGUUUUUUGAGGCUGCAAAGCGGAUAGUUGAAGCCUCUUGCAUAGCUUCUUGAAGAUUGAGGACCAAAGUGGAUGCUUUACAAGAAAAUGUUGCUAGAGCAAGAGAUGUAUUCAAAAAUGUUAUUGAGGGGACAAAUAACUAAACUAGGCAUGUUGGA